UUUUUCUCCUUCAUUUGCUGCUCUCAGAACCUGAAAGCAGCAACAAUGGAGGCUCUAAGCGGCUCCAGUCUCGACCUCAGAACACCCCGCUUUUCGCUUAUACCAUCGAAAUUAGCAGUGCCCAGUUCGCCUUCUCUGCGUUUUGAUCGAUAUCCGAGCUCAAGUCGUCGUUUGAGCUCGAAAUGGAGGGUGUCGUUUUCUUGUUCUCGGCACAUGGAGGCUAGUUCCAAGACUUCCGAGGAGCAAAUGGGCAGCCGGGUAUGGUUGAAAUCGAUGGGAAAAGGCUUUGUUGGGUUCGCAGCGGCGGCUGCGGCUCUGUUUUCAGUUUAUUGCGAUUCCCCGGCUCUUGCUGAGUCUCUUACUGUUGCUUUUCCCGUUUCACGAGCUCCUGAGGUGAAUAGAGUUCAACGAACUCUUGUGGAAGCUUGGGGUUUGAUUAGAGAGACAUUCGUUGACCCAACAUUUAAUCAUCAAGAUUGGGAUCUGAAGUUGCAGCAGACAAUGGUAGAGAUGUUUCCCCUUAACUCAGCAGAUGCAGCAUAUACCAAAAUCAGUGCAAUGCUCUCUACUCUUGGAGACCCUUUUACCCGGAUUAUCAGUCCCAAGGAAUAUCAAAGUUUUAGGAUUGAGAGUGAUGGAAAUCUGCAAGGAGUUGGACUUUUCAUAUCUGUUGAACCAAACACUGGUCAUUUGGUUGUUUUGUCUAGUGUAGAGGAUAGCCCAGCUGCUCGUGCUGGUAUUCAAGAUGGAGACGAGUUGGUGGAAAUUAAUGGAGAAAGGCUUGAUGGUAUUGACAGUGAAGCAGCUGCACUGAAGCUUAGAGGUCGUGCUGGAACAACCGUGACAUUAAAAGUUCAAAGUGGAACAAAUUCCAAAAAUGACUCUCCAUUAAGAGAGGUCAAACUUUCUCGUGAGAAGAUCAAAUUUUCUCCAAUUUCAAGUGCAAUUAUCAAUCAUAUAACCCCGGAUGGACAUGUAACAAAGACUGGUUAUGUCAAGCUGAGAGAAUUUUCUCAGACUGCUGCCCCUGAUAUGGAAAAUGCUAUUCAUCAAAUGGAAGAUCAGGGUGUGCAUUCAUACAUAUUGGAUCUGCGGAAUAACCCAGGGGGACUAGUAAGAGCAGGACUUGAGGUUGCCGAAAUAUGGUUAGAUGGGGAUGAGACUCUGGUCAACGCAAUCGAUCGAGAGGGGAAUAUGCAACCAAUUAAUAUGGUCAAUGGGCAUGCUAUAACCCAUGAUCCACUCGCUGUUCUUGUCAAUGAGGGAAGUGCAAGUGCAAGUGAGAUCUUGGCAGGGGCACUACAUGACAAUGGCCGAGCUAUUCUUGUUGGGCACAAAACCUUUGGGAAAGGAAGAAUUCAGACUGUCACCGAGCUUCAUGAUGGAUCGGCCUUGUUCGUUACGGUGGCAAAGUACUUAUCCCCGGCGCUUCAUGACAUCGAUAAGGUUGGCAUUACUCCUGAUGUACAGUGCACCACAGAUAUGCUGACAUCUUCUAAGGAAUCAAUAUUAAAAUACAAAAGCUCUUCCUCCUCAACUCUGGAGGCUGAUUCGUGUAUCUUAGUAGCUGAACACGAGUUAGAAGUUCAAGAAUCCAAAGGAACAGCUUCUUGAACAAGAGGACUCGUCAGACCUCUUCAACUUUGUACCACAGGAUUUGAUUCGAAAGGUGUAGUAGAGAUAAUUCUAGGUAGUCGUACAUUGUAAAUGUUAUACGUAAAUAUUAAACACAAGUCUACGUACAGAUACAAAUACAUGAAAAAAAAAUACUAAAAAUCAUCACUAGUUGAUAUCAUUAACUAGUAAAAAUGAUGUUUUAACUUUGAACAAUGCUAUUCAUUACACAUGGAUUUUAGUGUGA